UAUUUUGUAUAUUACUGAUUUUAUUGACUUUACAAUGAAGCCACACCCAUUCACCCACCCACACAGACACAAUAAAUGUCUUUCACACAGGAAAUCAGCAUUCUGCAAAGUGCAAACUGCCCGUGGCCCUGUCACAUUCUCAAGCCUAUCAAGCAGAACUUGUUUGACUGAUAUCCUUCAACAAGAUGAUUAACGAAGAGUGGCUUUGCAGCUCGUUUAAACUGUGUGAUCUAGUCACCGCCUCACAAUCUGGUCACUCUAAUGACUCUACGCAGAUCGUAAUCAAUAGUGAUUCAUACCCACGACCUGCAUACAACCCGUCAUCAAUCCAACACACCAUGGAAACAUACAGCCGUUUACUGGAUGGAACAUUAGAACAGAACAUAGAGCCCAUUCAAACCUUCGCGCACAUGACAGCCAAAGCUAUUCUAGAUUCAUCUAUGGGGAUCAGAGGCCCAAGUGAAUCUGUCAAGGUGAGACAGGAUGAAGUUGAGAUGCUAGCUGAAGAGUUAACUGUAAAAGUCUGUUGCAAAGCACUAGAAGAGAUGGAGAGGCAACAUCACUCUGAUGAUGCUUCCAAAAAUAUAAAUGAUAAUGGGGUUAAGGAGGGGACUAAUGAAAAUGCAUCGGUCCUGUGCUCCUCAGGCUACAAGUGUGAUAAAAACGCAUUUGAAAUAGAAACGGACAAGAUGGAGGACUAUGAUGACACACUGACCACGGUAUAUGCCAAUUCCUUGAAGAGCAUGUGCAGUCUGGGGUCUCUCGACUACCCUGAUGCUCCUCCAAGCACCCCUUUGCUUCCAGAGAUGAUGAGGAGUCGAGCCAGUUUCACAAGGAAGCUAAAGGGAGGACUUGCUAAAGAGUUUCUUCCUUCACCCCCUCCUCCGACCCCCAAAGACCACAUGCAACCCUUAUUGGAGAACCAAAUGACUGACACGUCCGCUGACUUCAUGGUGAGGCUGAUGCGCUCGCUUUCACUGGAGUGUUGUCGAAACGGAGGUCGAGAAGAAGUCAAAGAUGAUGGCGGACUCCAAAAUGACUAUGCAGCUCAAAUAUCAGCAGAUAUCAUUCAUUCUCUCACCACAAACGAGCUAAAAGUAAAGGAUGAGGGUUGUGUGAAUCGCAUUUUUGAUCGACUAGCGAGUGAAAUUGUCACAACUUCUCUAGCAGAGGUGAUGGCGAGAGGGGAAAGGAAGGUUUUGAAGGAAGAAACACCAUCAUACCCAAUGCCUUCAGACAAAAGAUCUAGCAUGCAGUUCUCUGCAACUGACGAGGUGAAAAUUUUAGCUAAUGAGCUAAUCAUUGAGGCUUUGGUUCAUGCUUUUGCUAAGCUAAGACAGGGCGUGUUUGAACAUGGAACAGAGCCACAUCUUUCGGGCCAAGCAGCAGAACCACAGCCAUGGGAAGAAGAAAGAUGUGCAAACACACUGUGUAAAGACUCAAUCAACUCCCUCAAAGCCAAAAUAUGCUGUAAUGAUAAAUCAGAACUGAACCCCAUUUCACUUGACGCCAAUGUGACAUCAUCGGUACACAGAUUUUCCAACGACUUCGCAGAAGACGUGAUUCAACAUUCUGUAUGUGAUGCUUCCAGAUUCCUGUUUAACUGUAAGCAAUCUGAGGGAGCAGAAUUUGGCUCCCAGAAAGACAUUAAACCACAGGUGAUUAAGAUACAUGCUGAGGAAAGUCGUCUUGUCCAGGAACUGCAGUGUGCUCUACUCUGGGCCGCGGCCUCACAGAACGGGACUUCAGCACUUCAGUUUGAUCUACCAGACACAAGCCUUCAGCAACAGCUUUGCAGGCUCUCUCACAGCGCCCGUCUGAAUGGCUGGACAGUGGGCGCUUUAAUGGCUUCUCUCGAAGAGUUUUGUGACAUGCAGCGAGCGACCAGCAGAGGACGCUAUAAGAGCUCCGAUUCUCUCCUGGAGCAUCUGCAGCACCUGAUCGACAAUUCACAUUUAAACUGACCUGGGACCAGCUUCGCCCUUACAGAACAGGUCAUUGAUCCGUACGACACCCCCUGAUAUGAAGACAGAAAACAGCACACAUUAAUCUUCAUCCACAAUCUUUCACAUCCCAAACAUUAAUACAAGAAGACAGAGUCAUAAAUUAUAAACAAUCAUAAUCAGUUUCAUUCUCAACCAUUGAAAAUGAGCCAUUAAAGACAAAACAGCUGUACACACGCUGUCUGUUUAAACUGAUAUCUGCUCUCCCAAUCCAAGCCGAUAUUAGGUAAGCGGAAAUCUGACCGCAAAUCAGCUUUAGAAGUUAAGUUACCAUCGUCCAAAACACACUGACACAUUCUUGACCAAAGAUUCUGUAUAAUAUUUUUCAACAACACGUCAGUACCAAUAAUAAAGUGUGUCUGAAUAAUGAUAAACAGUGAAUGCUGUAUUGUUGGAGCGGAUUGCUGUAAAGGGGUGCGCAGGGCUUUGCGGGGUGUGUAAAAAGCAGGACUUUUUUAUUGCAUCCCAUUAAUACUCCCAAAGCAGUGAUACCUAACAUGGCAGGAAUGCGCUUUAGCGAAAACCUGCAUCUCACUCACUCCCACUCUUGGCGACCACAGAUUGAAAAAUCAGGGACACACACAAACUCACACAUCGGCCUACUCAUUCUUUGACCCUAUGUCUCGCUCUAUCAGUCUCCCCUCCCAGACAUGCUCUCUUUCACUUUCUCUCUCUCCCGCACACACAUUCUCGUACACAAGGGGGGCUGACUUCACAGCUGCAGUGUCAGUGAAGACACAAUGGCUUUCAGUCCAGCCCCGUUAGACGCAUCUGGAGAAGCGUUUGUUCCAAUGUCUGAACCAUCGCUGCCAAAAAUGAGAGACGUCGAAAAAACGUGCAUAAGGAAAGGGGAGUGGGGAAGAAGUGAUUGCAACAGAGCUGACACAUAGAGCCAAAUGGAUCAUGGGGGCUCUGGAAAAUCUCCCAACAUCCCCCACCCACCCUUCCCCCAAACUAUGACGCAUCGAUUUAUUCUCUACAAUAUAAGAGCCAGACACAUGUGAAGGAAUUCCUUACAUUAAACAGGCCUCAUAGACUUAAUGUACUCAUAUAUUUUCUUUUCGUAUCACUCAUGCUUAGCAAAGCACUGCAUUGCCGCGACUUCAACAGGGAUGGCCAGCAAUCCUUUGUAUUCAUGUGAUCAAACGAGCCAUAAAGUAGCCAGCGGAGAAAGGAAAAUGUAUAAAAGAUUAAAUAAAUUAAGUUAAAAUGAGUACAAUACGUUCAGCAUGUUUGCUCUGGAGAAUUGGGAUGUGUGUUUAAGGUUAUGGAGUUUUCAGGUUCGGGCUCUUUGUAGCCCCUAUCCAUCGUGAAGAUAAGGUCAAUGUGUGUAAAACACGACAUGUUCUCUUUGAUAUGAGGUCUGUAAUGUGAUCCAAUGUGUGUCGCACUAUAUUAAAGGGAAAG